AUGGCACCGGAGGAGAAUCGCACAUGCGAGCCUUGCAAGACUUUUGGGCAAAAGUGUAGUCAUAUUGUGAAGAAACAGAGAGCCAAGUUAUAUAUUCUUCGACAUUGUAUCGCCAUGCUAGUCUGCUGGUGCAACCACAACCGCGACCGUCACGAGUCUUGA